AUGGAGUUCCCGUUCGAUGUGGAUGCGCUGCUCCCGGAGCGGAUCACGGUGCUGGACCAGCACCUAAGGCCCCCGGCCCGCCGACCCGGAACCACAACGCCGGCCCGUGUUGAUCUGCAGCAACAAAUUAUGACCAUUGUAGAUGAGCUGGGCAAGGCCUCUGCUAAGGCCCAGCAUCUUCCUGCUCCCAUAACCAGUGCAUCCAGGAUGCAGAGUAACCGCCACGUUAUGUAUAUACUCAAAGAUACUUCAGCUCGACCGGCUGGAAAAGGAGCCAUUGUUGGCUUUCUUAAAGUUGGAUAUAAGAAACUCUUUGUACUGGAUGAUCGUGAGGCUCACAAUGAGGUAGAACCGCUUUGCAUCUUGGACUUUUACAUCCAUGAGUCACUUCAACGCCACGGCCAUGGACGAGAACUCUUCCAGCAUAUGUUGCAGAAGGAGCGAGUUGAACCACACCAACUGGCCAUUGACAGACCCUCCCAGAAGCUGCUGAAGUUCCUGAAUAAACACUACAACCUGGAGACCACUGUCCCACAGGUGAACAACUUUGUGAUCUUCGAAGGCUUCUUUGCCCAUCAGCAUCGGCCCCCUGCUACCUCCCUGAGGGCAACUCGACACUCUCGUGCUGCCGCGCUCGAUCCUAUGCCCGCUGCUCCAGCAAGGAAGCUGCCACCCAAGCGAGCAGAGGGAGACAUAAAGCCAUACUCCUCUAGUGACCGAGAAUUUCUGAAGGUAGCUGUGGAGCCUCCGUGGCCCCUGAACAGGGCCCCUCGCCGUGCGACUCCUCCAGCCCACCCACCCCCUCGCUCCAGCAGCCUGGGAAACUCACCAGAACGGGGCCCCCUCCGCCCCUUUGUGCCAGAGCAGGAGCUGCUGCGUUCCCUGCGCCUCUGCCCCCCCCACCCCACCGCCCGCCUUCUGCUUGCUACUGACCCCGGGGGCAGCCCUGCCCAGCGGCGCCGCACCAGUUCCCUUCCCCGUUCUGAUGAGAGUCGAUACUGACAGACUGCUAACCCCCUCCCCUCCCUGGGAGACCUGGCGAGGGUGGAGACCCUUCUCCCUGAGAACCCCAGACCCAAUCUUCCAUUGCAUCCCCCAGCAUCUAGGGGAACUUGACAAGAACCCGUAGGAUUCCCUUUACCCCUUUCUUGGACAACUGGGUGGUCAGGGUCCCAGAUGGCCUAACACUUCAUAGCUUUUCUUACAACAGAAAGCAGCCCUUCUCUCCUAACUUGGGCUCUGAACACUCCCACAGACAGCCCGAUUUGCUGCCAGGCCUCUUGGUUGCGCAGCUCAUACUAAUUAUCCAGAGAAGCACACUCUUGCUUGCUGUCAGAUUCUAGAACAUCACGGAAGGUCCAAAGGCCUCCUCUGCCAGGGAAACCUUUCUAAGAGAGUCUUGUCCAUGGAAUAAUUCCUGUAGUCCCUCUGCACUGUCUGCUGGUAGCUCUAAUACUGCUUUGUGCUACCGGCUGCAGCUACCCUAUCAGCCUGCUGACGCCAGCCACUGAACGUCUGCUUCGUAGCAGUCCGGUCAGGUAGGACAGGGACUUACCAGCUCCCCACGGGAUCCACUCAACAUUGCCAAACUCUUAAUCUCCACGUGUUUCGUGUAUGUGUUAAUCUGUCAGGACCCCUGAGCUGAUGUCUGCUGUGGGACUCUAGACUCACCACGCUUCUAUAGACACUACCACCUCCGCAGGUCCAGGUCCUCUGAAGGAGUCUGUUUCUUGGCAGCAGAUCCCAGCCAACACCCUAGGAUCACUCUUAGCCAAGUUUCAGAAGCUAAGCCUGAGUCUCAAGGCUCUAUUAGCUCCUGGAAUACCCUCUCACAUCCAUCCCUCCCCGGUAGCUAGAUAUGCUGAUAGAUUCCUGUCUUGUGAGAUUGUCUUGAUGAUGAUGGGGGAACUCUUCCUCUGGCCUCCCUCUCUUCUUUCCUCCAUAGCAAGAAUCCUCCCCUGCUCCAUACCCAGGCUAUAGAAAUCCUUCCCUCCCUACCCUCUGGAUGUGUGCUAGUUCAGGUACCCCUAAUGUGUUCCCCCAAAUCCUUGGGAGCAGGAUCUCCCUCUUUUCUGACUCACUCCUUUUUCUUCUCCCUCUCAGUGUUGUCUGAAUAAAGCGUGAACUCUUUUGUGUUUUUUAA